GGCGAUAAUUCGUACGCAUCCUCGGCUUUGGAGAAGUCAUCGCAAAGCUCCAGUCGAAGGUCGGGUAUAAGCGGUUCCAGAUCAAAGCGACCACAUUGGCAGUACUGGGGCAAAGGGGGUAUCCCUAAUCUCUUAGAUCCCCCUAGCCACGAACCCUACAUGCCGCAGAAAGUCUUCGGACCAGCAUCUAUUGCAAAUUCCCAUCCGGGCAAUGAGUGGCCUGCAGCUCAUUUUGCCAUAGUCAAUCGUUCCCUGGAGAAUAUCACAGCCCAAAAUAACUCAACUCGCGUCUAUGAGGCAAUGCGUCAGGUUGACCAACCGCCUCCUUUACCUAAAUCUACUGACCUUCCUUUAACUCACAGUCAGGUAAGUAUGAAGGAAAACAAGGAUUUGGAAAAUCUUCUGGGAUCGUGUGACGAAGAUGAAGUCAGGAUGGCAGGCCUCCCGAUGAGAGAGCUCUACAGUCGUCGAUUGAGAAAGAACUUAAAAGAGACCAAACCAGCGUCUGCCUAUAGCUCCAAUCGGCGCAAAUCUUUGGCAGAGUCCUUCAAGAGUCAACUUAACAAGGACUAA